CAGAACCAGUGCAGAGUUUAAUCCAAACAGCACGGAGAGUUUCCUCAUCCGAUACGAGAAAUAUGGGCGACGUGCAGUUGGUGACAAGUUCUCUCAUGUCGAAGACCAGGCUGACUUUGGGGAAUGUCUCUCUUGGUAAUGAAGCACCAACAUUCACGCUUCCUCCUCGCAAUGCCCGUGUCUGUCAAGGAGGCACAGCUCGACUUGAAGGCAAGGUGCGUGGUUCUCCAGAACCACAGGUGUGUUGGUUCAGAAAUGGGAAAGCUGUGAUUGCUGGUGGCCGAUUCUCCAUGGAGCAGAGUGCACGUGGAACCUUUAGUUUGGUUGUUGAAGGAGUCCAAGAAGACGAUGCCGGACGUUACACCUGUGAGGCUUUAAACGAUGCAGGAACUCGACAGAUGACUGUAGACAUCAUUGUAGAAGACAAUGCAGUCAAGAAGUACAGUCUUCCCUCUGCCAAUAAACCAGGUGGUCGCUUAGGGCCCCUUGCAGUGGAGAACAGACCCAGUAUCUGGGGUGAAAGUCCUCCAAAGUUUGUAACCAAGCCUUCUCGUCUCUACCUAAAAGUUGGACAGACUGGCAAAUUCUCAGUUAAGAUUACAGGACGUCCACAACCACAGAUCCAGUGGUUUAAGGGUGAUGAUCAGCUCCAGAGUUCAGAACAUUACAACAUGUUUGAAAGGUCAGGGCUGCACUUCCUAGAGAUCCGUUUUGCACUUCCUGUUGACGCUGGGGUAUACACCUGCCUGCUUGCCAACAGUGCGGGCAAGGCCUCCACUACAACAGAACUCAUUGUUCAAGGUUCAGACACAGAUGUUGACAUCUGCAGCAAAUCUUCAGGUAAUGAUCUCCCAAAGACGGCUGCUGCUACUACAGCUGAGCAUAGAAGUAACGGCCUUGUCCAUGAUCAAAAAUCCACAACCUCAUCCAUAUGUAGCACAAUCACAGAUCCCCACACACCAGUCACUACCACCACAGCAGCCAUAAACACCCCAGCAACCAGGCCAGAGACCCAGAAAAGCACUGUGAUGUCAGUCCUACAGCCUUCUGGUGAAUCAAAAGAUGAGCGGUUACCAGCAGGUCAACAGAGGUCAUCUACUUCUAUAACCAUUAGGAGUCAACUGGCCAAGAAAAGCAGUUUUGAGUCCAGCGCCAAGGUGACAGAGCCAGUUGUGCAGAAGAAAGAUCAAGAUAGUAGAAACUCUUCUGGGAGAAACAUGGUUCUUGGAGUGAUGGAGUCCAGCAGAGAGACAAACAGGAUGACUAGAGAGUGUCAGGUUGAAGUUCUGGGAAGUCCACCCAGCUUUGAUUUACAGCCUCAAAGCCAGGAGGUCAUACAAGGAACCAAAGUGACAUUCAAAUGCCAAGUGUCUGGUUGGCCGGUGCCCAUGGUGAGCUGGGUUAAAGAUGGUGCUGUGCUCAGACCCCAAGCAGGUAUCAGCACUCAUCAGGAGGGCAAUCUGCAUCUUCUUUGUGUUGAAGCUGCGCAGAAAACCGAUACAGGACAGUACAGUUGCACUGCCACAAACAACAAGGGGAAAGCUACCUGUAGCUGGACUCUUAAUGUAAAGAGCCUGCAUUUAGAAGGGAAGGCUCCAGUGUUUAGCAGUGCUCUAAAGGGAUGUGCUGUAACAGAGGGGCAGAACAUCAGUCUGCAGUGCGCAGUAGAGGCCAGGCCACAACCCACAAUCUCCUGGCUGCUCAAUGAUAAAGCAAUCCCUUAUGGAAACACUGUGUUUGAUGGAGUUCAGGCUCACCUGACCGUACAGGAUGCAGUGUGUGCUGAUAAUGGAUUGUACUCCUGUGUAGCAGAGAAUGAGCAUGGGCGAGCAGUAUGCACUGCCCAAGUGCUGGUUAAAGCCAAGUCCGUUGUUAAAAGACUGGUUGCUGUGCCGGUCCCAGAACAGAAGAGACUUUCUGCUCCUGUGUUCCUAAAAGAACUAUGUGACCUGAGGGUCAUGGAUGGCAGCCAGGUUACAAUGACUGUGGAGGUGACGGGACAUCCUGCUCCAGAGGUGCUCUGGCUGCAAAAUGGGAAGGAGAUUCAAGAGUCUGAAGAUUUCCACUUUGAGAGCAAAGGCAACCAGCACAGCCUCGUCAUACAGGAAGUGUUUCCAGAAGACACUGGCACAUAUACUUGUGAAGCAUGGAAUGAGGUUGGAGAAACUCGUACCGAAGCUUCACUCACUGUUCAAGAGCCCCAGGAUGGCGUACAACCAUGGUUCAUCACUAAGCCCAAGUCCACCACAGUGUGUGAGGGCCAGCAUGCUUUGCUUUCCUGUGCCAUCGCAGGAGACCCCUUCCCAGAAUUCUUCUGGAUGAAAGAUGGACAGGCGGUGUCCUCUGGGCAGGACUUUGAGGUGCUGCAGAAAGAUGAUGUAGUUUCGCUCCUUAUCAGGAGAGUGAAAGCUCAACAUGCUGGAAAUUAUGAGAUCCAUCUCAAAAACAAAAUAGGAGACUGCAGCGCAGUUGCCCCUUUGCUAGUUAAUGAGGAGUCUGGGCAUGAAUCUUAUAAAAUACGGGCUGAUAAGAGAUCUGGAGGGGUGGAGAGAUUGGAGCAAGACUGGGGAGAGCAGAGAGAGGCACCAAGCUCGACGACGCUACUGUCAGAGCCGGAGGCGGAUUUGGGCCGUUGGGAGCCAGAGGAGUCACUUGCUUCCCGUGGUCUUUUGAAAAGGCGAGUGGAGACCAAGGAGCAUCGGGAAGACCAAAUCCGACAGAAGGAGGCUGAGCAGAUCGACUUCCGAACCGUCCUGGGCCGGAAAGUCACCACCAAGAGUGUCUCCGAGGAGGACCUGAAGGAGAUUACAGCUGAGCAGAUGGACUUCAGGAGCAACCUUCAGCGGCAAAUCAAGCCGAAGACCCAGAGUGAAGAGGAAAGGAAGAUUCAUUUCCCUCAACAGGUGGACUUUAGAGCAGUGCUAGGCAAGAAAGGGACUGUGGGCCCCAAGUCUGCUUCUUCUUAUUCUGCAAAAGCAGAUCUAAACAAAAAUGAGCCAACUGACUUUAGAGCUGUAUUAAAUAAGAAAAAAGCAAGUGUGGAGAAUAAUACAGAAAGCCCAGAGUUAAAAAACUCCACAGGCAAGAAAAACGAUGUGAACUGUGUGCAUGGAGGGAUGAAGGAAAUAACGAAUGUAGCAGGAGGCAAAGAGCCAAUUUUCACACAAAAACUGCGAGAUGCGAGAGUGUUGGAUGGAGAAUGCUUACAGUUGCAGUGCAAGUUUACAUCUGAAUCACCUGCUACAGUCACAUGGAGUCUCGACGGAAAAGUUAUCAAGCCAUCCAAAUUUAUCAUCAUUACCAAUGAGGGUGGUCUGUGCUCCCUGACCAUUGAUAAGGCCUUGCCUGAAGACGAGGGUCAGUACCUUUGCAGAGCUGAAAGCAGUGCAGGGAGUGCGGAGUCCUCCUGCAUUGUGCUGGUUGAUGAUCCCAGUGCAUCAAGCUCAACACCAGCUGACAAGAAAAGCAAGAAGCCCUCCACUCCAACCACUGAGAAUGAGGCCAGAAUCAAGAAGCCACCACCCAAAAUACCUCCAAAACAAGGCAUUCCUCCUCAGAUCCUGCAGUUUCCUGAUGAUAUGAAGAUCCGAGCAGGUGAGCGGGUUAGUCUCCUCUGUAAGUUCACUGGAGCUCUGCCCAUCAACUCCACCUGGCUCAAGUUCCGCAAACCAAUUGAGGAUUGCACGGGGGACAUCAGCAUUGAGAGCACAGACUCCAGCAGUCAGCUGACGAUAGCACGAGGCCAGCAGGAGCACUGCGGCUGCUACACCAUCGAGUUAAGGAACAGCUAUGGCAUGAAACAAGCUGCGCUCAAUCUCACCAUAGUAGACAAACCCGACCCUCCUGCACGCAUCCCAGCUGUCACAGACAUCCGCAAAUCCAGUCUGACCCUCUCAUGGUACGGCCCCACAUAUGAUGGCGGAAGUGCUGUUCAGUCUUACAAGCUGGAAGUCUGGAAUUCCGUGGAUAAGGAAUGGAAAGGCCUGGCAUCCUGUAACAGCACCUCAUACAAUGUUCAGAACCUGUUGCCUGAUAGAAAAUACAAGUUUCGUGUUAGAGCUGGAAAUAUCUAUGGUGUUGGGGAGCCUAGCGCAGAGAGUGUCCCUGUUGAAGUUGGGGUGGAGGAAGUGGAAGAAGAAGAUGAGAAUAAAGAUGACGUUGAGCACUCAGAUGAUGAAUCAGAAAAGCAGCCCCAGUACAGAGACGUCACCAUCAGAACAGAUGUAAAAGUCAAAGACCUUUAUGAAGUGGGUGAACGGCUGGGAUCGGGCAAAUUUGGGACAGUGUUUAAACUUGUAGAGAAAUCAACCAAAAAGGGCUGGGCUGGAAAAUUUAUAAAAGCAUACUCGGCAAAAGAGAAGGAGAAUGUGAGACAGGAGAUUAAAAUUAUGAAUGACCUACAUCACCCAAAGCUUGUGCAGUGUGUGGAUGCCUUUGAAGGAAAGUCAGAUAUGGUCAUGGUACUGGAAAUGGUCUCUGGAGGUGAGCUGUUUGAGCGGAUCAUCGAUGAGGAUUUUGAGCUGACAGAGAGAGAAGUGAUUAAAUAUAUGCUGCAGAUUGUAGACGGGGUCAGUUUCAUCCACAAAAAAGGUAUCGUUCACCUGGACCUCAAACCGGAGAACAUCAUGUGCGUCAACAAAACCGGCAGCAAAAUCAAACUUAUCGACUUCGGACUUGCUCGCAGACUGGAAAACGCUGGCUCAGUCAAGGUGCUGUUUGGAACUCCAGAGUUUGUAGCUCCAGAGGUGAUCAACUAUGAAGCAAUCGGCUACACUACAGACAUGUGGAGUAUCGGAGUCAUCUGCUACAUACUUGUGAGUGGAUUAUCUCCAUUCAUGGGGGACAAUGAGAAUGAGACGCUGUCCAAUGUUACAUCGGCCACAUGGGAUUUUGAGGACGAGGCAUUUGAUGAAAUUUCAGAUGAGGCUAAAGACUUCAUCAGCAAUCUGCUGAAGAAAGACAUGAAGGCUCGUCUUACCUGUGAGCAGUGUAUUCAGCACCCAUGGCUUAAACAGGAUACCAAGAAUAUGGAAGCCAAGAAGCUCUCCAAAGAAAGGAUGAAGAAGUACAUUCUGCGGAGGAGGUGGCAGAAAACAGGGCAUGCAGUGCGUGCCAUUGGCCGACUCUCAUCCAUGGCCAUGAUGGCUGGCGUCCAUGCCAAGAAAGGCUUAGCAGCUGAAGAAGAGAAUCAGAUGAAGCUCCCAGAGGAGAGUGAGCAGAGGAGUCUGAUGAAGCCCUCAUUUAGUUCAGUGAUUAAGGAUGUGGAGGUAGUGGAGGGCAGUGCUGCACGCUUCGACUGCAAGAUUGAGGGUUAUCCUGAUCCUGAGGUUGUUUGGUAUAAAGAUGAUCAGCCUAUUAAGGAAACGCGUCAUUUCCAGAUUGAUUACGAUGAGGAAGGAAACUGCAGCCUUGUCAUAUCUGAAGUUAGCUGGGAUGAUGAUGCCAGAUAUGCCUGCAAAGCAGUUAACAGCCUUGGCGAAGCCAUCUGUACAGCUGAGCUCAUCGUAGAAGUCAUGGGAGGGGACGAGGAGGAGGAGGAAGAAUAAGUGGUAAAAGAUGAAGGGUUGGUGUUUGGUGUUUCACCUUGCUUUCUUAUUCUCACUGGUUUUGUUUUACCCACAUGGACUGAUGGCAGUACAUUUCCCUGUGAUUGCACUUUUUUUUUUUUACGAAAUACCAGAUGCAGAGGCAAGUCUUAAAGUAUUUAUAAAACUACAUUCCAGACAUUAUUGUGUGAUAGGAUAUACACAAUAAUUUAAUCGUGUUCAGUUUUAUUUUGCAUCCUAACCAAACGAUUUAAAACAUGUGCAAGUGUGUUUCUAUGCUAUUUCUUCUUCACAAUGAUUGUACGUAUAACUAUUUACUCAUGGACAAGUUAUCUUUAAUGCAUUGUUGCCACCCGUUACUAUCUUUUAAAGCAGCACUUAACUUUUAAAAAUAACUGAAAACACGUCUAAAGAUUUUACAUCAAAUAUGUAAGUAUAUUAUAUUUCUUUAUUUUUAUGAUACUACUUUGACCAACUGAAGAUUGCAUUGUAAUGAGAAUUCUAUAACUGUAGUAACCCACUGCUACUGAAUAAAUGUU